AUGUGCUCAGAAAGCAAUUGCAUCUUUGAGAAUUGUUGUAAAGUCGAACGUAUUAUUAAAUACGUACAAACCGGUUCGAUAUCAGAUUCACUCAGCCGAACUGUCAACACUGAUCAACAAGAACGUGAGGAGGAAACGUGCAGCAUUUGUUUGGAAGCGAUAGAAACAAACUUUGCUUACCUGGCCGGUUGUUCGCACGGCUUCUGCAGAGCGUGCAUCGACCAGUGGAGAGUGAAGAGGACAACAUGCCCACUCUGUAGAUCUCCAUUCCAUCUCACCAUCUACACCUCAAUCAGGGCUACCAGGGAGGAAGUUGACUAUUUGAAGGAACAACACUUCCUGUGCCCGUUCAAUGAGGCGCCACAUCACCAAGUGACAUACAGCCCUCGAGUCAUAGAGCAGUUUCUGAACAUCAUGAGGUGCAAUGUACCCAUCGACCAGCUGUUUGCUCCGGAUAAGCUGAUGAGUGCAAUACAACAAAUUUAUGACUACGUCUUCACACGGCAAACUUGA